CACGUGGCCUGCGGGGAUCACGUGCCUCUGCUGGUUGCGGCGGAGCCGCGCGCUGCGCUCAGCUCUGCUCCCUUCUUGCUUCUCCCGACGGCUGCAAUGAAUCCGUUCUUCCUUUCAGGAGCGCCGCGCGCUGCAACAAAGGCCGUCUCGUUCCUCCGGACGCUUUGGUCUCUCAUCGCGUUCGUCGUUUGCAGUUUGGGAGUUGUAGGGAUAUGGAACCGGUUCAGGGCGCUGCUGGAGAUCUCUGCCUGGCAGCCGUCCCUCCCGCUGCGAGCAGCCGAUCUCACGCGCAGCUCCGUGCUCAGGCUGCUUUCCGGGUUCUCUGCUCAGUUCUUUACGCACGUUUGGAAUGCCGAAUCGGGGAUCGCGUUCUCCAUCCUCCUGAAUGUCUUCCUCUCCAUCCUUCUCAUCUACUUCGUGUGGAAGAAGUCUUCUCCCAAAGCAGAGAAUGCUGAGCGGCAGCAAGAAUGGGGAGGCUUAGGACAGGACUUGGGGGCGUCGGGACCCCCGGUGUCGUCGCAUGUGGAACAGAGAGGAGGAGAAGAAGUGGAAGAAGCGGAGGAAGAUGCAGAGGAGGGACCGUCCCCAACAGCACCGCCAUCGAGAGCAGCAGCGGAAAGAGCUGAGAGCCGCGGAGAGGAGAGUGAGGAGGAGGAAUUCGCUGUUAGCGCUGCUCGCCCAGCUCGGGAGGUGACUGAAUUCCACGGCUCAAGAGAGCAGUUUGUACGGCACCCAAACGAAGCUGUUGUCACCUGGCUGCUUCGCUGCUGGGACAGCGGGGCCAGCAGCGUGCUUCUAGAUGGAAACGGGGCUCGCCAGCUGGGCAGCAUUGCCGGAGACUCAGCUAUGGACAGAGGGAUCAGUAGAUGUCUGCGCGGGGUCACCACCCUCUGGGAACGAAUGUUAUUGGCCGUGAAGGAACGGCAUCCCUUCAAAGGUGAUCUGGAGCCUGAAGUGAAGAGGUGGAAGACUCUUAAAGAAGGUAUCCAGUAUUUGAGAGAGACGGCCGUGGUGGAGAUGCUGUAUGACCCCAUGUUCGUCCCCAAUGAUCCACGCCCGAACCGCCGUGAUCCUGAGAAUGUGUGGAUCACGUCAGAUGUGGUGUGGAAUCUGACAAGAACAGCACCAGAAAGGUACCUGGGUGUGCUGGCAUCCAUGUCCCAUAGGUACGAGAAGCAACAGAGGAGGCCCCCCGUGAUUGAACUGAUUAUUAGACUUCAGAUCUUUGAACAACAACUACUUCUAUUCCACAGUUACGUUUCAGCCACCUCAGAAAUAACAGAAAGAAUGGAUAAAGCAGAUAAGAGGAUGGAUAAGGCGGUAGGUAAAAAGGAGAGGAAACAGGGCGGCGUGCCAGAGGAAGCGUCCCUGUCGAUGAAUCGUGGUGAACCCGUGGCAGCGUCAGAAACAGCCAACGAAGAUCAGGACCUAACGAGUCUGCUGAAGGAGCUGAUCGCACUGAUUAAAGGCGACGAACCCUCCUCCUCACCUGCGCCACCCGAAAUCUCAGCCAUCCAUGGCAAACGCUCUCCCCCGCAAGCAAACGACAGCAGUAGAUGUAUGGCACGUGCUGCCUUGUGGAGUUACUUACGUGAGCAUGGAGAAGACAUGAAGGAGUGGCGUAAAAAACCCACGGCUGCGCUCCGAGCUCGGGUGAGAGAAUUACAGCAGAGAUCAACCAGCGUGCGACUGCUCCACUUACUGCAGCUGAUUCGUGGCCGUGACACACGUGCUGCAAUUCCACAAGGCAGGAGGACGAAACCUGUGAUGGGGGAAGGCGAUGGCAAAAUGUGAAUAUGGGGAGGGGUGGCAGGUUGACUCCGUCACCUUGUCAGAAGCCAUAAAGGUAAGCGUUAUGUGCUCACCGCGGUGGAGGCAACCACUGGUGCUGUGAAACGUCUGCAGUACCCCAUGCUGGCGCCCGAAACACCAAGUGGGGUCUGGAGAAAGACGUGCUGUGGUGACGUGGCAGUGCAGGGAGAAUUGAGUCAGAUAACGGGGCUCAUUUCAAACAUUCCCUUGUGGGUAUUUGUGCCAAAGACGAUGGCGCUGAGUGCAUUUCUCACACCCCCUGUCAUGCACAGCUUCUGGUGAGAUCAGACGCUGCAGUGGGUUGUUCAAAACCACGUUGAAAGCAGCGGGUGGUGGAACAUUGCAGCUCUGGGAGAAGCAUUGGGCAGAAGCCCCCUGGUUGGUCAAUAGCAGCGGAUCUAUCGAUCGUGCUGGCCUCAGCCCAUGCAGCUCCCUGCGUGCUGCACGGGAGAUGAGGUCCCUGCAUGUAAAGAACGCGCUGGGCAAAGCGGCUGGGGGCCUUCCAGCCUCCGGAAAGGGCAGAGCUGCCCGUGGGGCUGUUUGUGCUCAGGGUGCAGCUGUGGGUGACGGGAAUGGGGCUGUGCAGUGCGCACCAAGGGAACGCGCUGCUGGAAGGGGGAGCGCGGCCAGGAUCCCACGUCUGCGUGUGCGUUUAACGCGAGUGAAUUGUCAACACGAGGCGGUGCUGUGGGAUCAGGGCUGCAAAGUGACGGCUCUGCCAUGUUCGU